GAAAUCACAAUCAAUGACGAAAAGUUGGUUAUCUGACUUUUUGUCAAAAAUGCCUUUUUGACGUGAUUUGCCGAUAUAAUUAUUUGAUUAUUACAUUUUUAUAAACAUGGGUGGUUCUCAAAGCACCAGAAAAUUGAGUGUUGACAACGAAAAUGCCAUACAAGUGUCGCAAGAGGCUUUAGACCGUAUACAAGCGCAGCUAAACGCUAAACAAGCUGAGCAGCCAGCACCUCCACAAUAUGCUCCACCCCCAUACUACGAUAAACAGAAACAACAUGAAUUUGCAGCAGAAGAAGCUUAUUGGGCUCGGCGUAUAGAAAAUUUAAAGCGUGCCCAUGAAAAGAUUAACAGUGGCAUGCAUUUGGAAUAUCAAAAAACACUUAAAGAAGCAAAUGAGUUGUUUGAUCUCGUACAAGCAGAUAAAGUAGUAAAUAAAUUACCACCCUGUCAGGAGGAAAGGGGAAAAAUGCUUGAGUGCUACAGCUCAAACCCAGACAAAUCACUUCUGUGUUCAGUGCUAGUAAAUGAAUUUAAUGACUGUGUAUGCAGAAGCAGAAUUGCUGCAGUAUCAGCGUCAUCCUGAGCUAUUGAACUGUGUAUAUAAACUCUAGAAAACAAAACUUGCAACAUUGUCUUUAACAUUCAUUGCCAAUGGCCCCGUGGAGUAGAACUACUAAUAUUAUUUAUGUAUGAAUAAAUUGUUAACUUAAA